UAACCUAGGGUAAUCUCAAUAAAAAAUUAUUAACAAGGCUGAGAUUGGUAAGGGGCGGUCCGUAAAUAAGGUGUUUAAGGACUGAGUCCUUAGUGACGUGGCAACGUCUAAUUGGGUCGGUCGAAAUAUGUAUACCGGCUUGGAAAAAAAAAAUCUCAUUUGCGAGACCACACGAAAAAAAAAAGCUCUCGGCGACGCUUGAGGCGAUUUGAUCUCCUCGGAUAAUCAAGGUUAAGGAAACAUGGGACAAGAUUAUAGCUACAGCCAGCCUUCUUCAUCAGAGGAGUAUGACAUAGAUAUUACUUCCCUUCUUCAAGCAGAAGCUGAUAUCUACGCGGAUGAAGCUGAGAGUAGCCAGAAUAUUGCAGAGCCGUUUCAGUACCCUCCUCAACCUGAGGCUGAUGAUGGAAUCCCAAAGACAUGCUACUGUGGUGGUGAGCCUGUUGUUGCAACAUCUUACACAAGCAAAGAUCCAGGCAGAAGGUACUUCACGUGUGAGAACGCUGAUGAUGGAGACUGCCAUGUUUGGAAAUGGUGGGAUGUGGCGGUAAUGGAGGAGAUGAGUGACUUUCAGAGACAACUUAGGCAGGUUAAGGAUCAACGUAAUGAGAGUGAGCAGAAGCUGGUUAAGCUAGAGGAGACAGUGUGGGAGUUAGCUAAGAAGAAAUCAGGGGUUAGAGAUGGCUUUCCAUUGGUUGUUUGUGUGAUGGUCAGUGUAUUCGUCUUAAUCUGUAUGGUGGUCAUGUUCAAGUGGGUUGAAGAGAAGGACAACGUCAUCACAGGGUGCCUGGAAGAGCUGCAGAGGCUGAAAAGGCGAGGGUCUGACCUUUAGAAGGAGGGAUUAGCAAAAUGUCAUCAUCUUCAUCUAAUGAACUCGAAGAAAGAUUGAACGAAGCUUUCGACGAUAUAUUCGAAGAUAUAUACAACAACAUA